AUGGCUGAUCAGAAAACCAUUGAUCCCAACAGCGGCUUCUGCUCACAGACCAAAACAUUCCACAGUCUCAGACCUAAAGCCCCUCUCCCCUCCGAGACGAUCCCGCUUUCCAUCACUCACUACAUUUUCUCCCACCUCCAAGCCUCCCCUCCUCCGCCAUCUACCCCGGCUCUCCUAGACCCGUCCACGCGCCGCCACGUUCUCUACCCCGACUUCACGCGCCGCGUCAAAACCCUAGCCGCAGCGCUACACUCGCAGCUUAACCUCUCCUAUGGCCACACCGCCUUCGUCAUCUCCCCCAAUUCCCUCCACCUCCCCGUCCUCUUCUUCUCUCUCUUCUCCCUCGGCGUAACCGUCUCCCCGUCAAACCCGGCCAGCACCACUCCCGAGAUUUCCCGCCAAAUCCACCUCAGCAGACCCGUCGUCGCUUUCGCCACCUCCGCCGCCGCCCACAACCUCCCCAAAACCCUCCGCGUCGUACUCCUCGACUCCCUGGAAUUCGAGUCCAUGACGAUGACGUCAUCAUCCCCUCCGCUGGAGCUUCCACGUGUCCGCUUCCAGCAGUCCCACACCGCCGCGAUCCUAUACUCGUCCGGGACCACCGGGGCGGUCAAAGGCGUGGAGUUGACUCACCGUAACUGGAUUUCCAUGCUGGCGUCGGCGUACGCCGUUCGGAAUAAUCCGACUGCGGCUCCACCUGUCAUGCUCUGCGCCGUGCCGUUCUUCCACGUGUACGGCUUCGGCGUCUGCAUGAGGGUGUUGGGGUUCGGCGAGACGCUGGCGGUUAUUCCGGGGAGGUUUGAACUGAGAGCGACGCUGAGGGCCGUCGAGGAGUUCAGGAUCAGCCACGUGGCGUGGGCCCCGCCGGUGUUGGUGGCGGUGGUGAAGCUUGGGAGCGAGAUCGAGGGGUACGAUCUGAGCUCGCUGCAGGUCGUCGCUAGCGGCGGCGCUCCGCUUGCCAAGAGUGUGAUUGAUAAGCUCAAGAAACGCCUUCCUAACGUCCAAGUCGCACAGGGAUUUGGGCUGACAGAGACAACGGGUCGGGUAUUUGGUACAGUAGGCCCAAAUGAGACUCGAGUAGAAGGAGCAACAGGAAAGCUAAUGUCAAAUUUUGAAGCCAAGAUCGUUGACCCAGAGACCGGCAUUGCCUUGCCUCCUCUGAUGACCGGUGAGCUUUGGGUUAGAGGACCAUUUGUAAUGAAAGGUUAUAUUGGUGAUGAAGCAGCAACUGCUGCAACUUUGGACACUGAAGGAUGGUUUAAAACUGGAGACCUUUGCUAUAUCGACAAUGAAGGUUACCUAUUUUUCGUUGAUCGGAUCAAGGAACUGAUCAAGUACAAAGGCUACCAGGUUGCCCCGGCAGAGUUGGAGCAUCUGCUUCUAUCCCAUCCUGAUAUUGUUGAUGCAGCUGUGGUUCCGUAUCCUGAUGAGGAAUCUGGUCAAGUACCGAUGGCUUUUGUGGUGAGGCGACUAGGAAGUAGUGUUGAUGAAUCACAGGUGAUGGAUUAUAUUGCGAAACAGGUUGCACCAUAUAAGAAAAUACGAAGAGUAGCAUUCAUCAAUGAAGUUCCAAAGAGUGCACAAGGUAAACUAUUGAGGAAGGAAUUAAUCAAACUUGCAUUGUCCAAGUUAUGAAUUCCAGUUUCUUUCUUCUGGUGUCACAUUUGGAUCUACAGUAUAAAUCUGCUUGCUACACCGACCAAAGAUUAUUCAUUAUUUUGAAGUCCUGGUGUUUUUACUUACAUAGGAAGUACAAUAGAUAAGAUUGUUUCACCUACUCGUUGAAAUACAAAUCGUUAUGCAUUUCAACAUUCUAUGCUGCUUGCAUACACAGGCUUGUUGCAAAGCAAACGGUAAGCACCAACGAUCACUAGAAAUAACAAAAGAGAACCAACUACAGCAUAGCUAAAGCAAUUAGAUAGAAAUGCUGUUGGGGAUUCCGCGACCAGUUACCCCAGGUCCUGAGGUUGGUAGCAGCAAUUCAUACGGGGGAAUUCCUGCUCCGCUUCUGUUUUUUAAAUGACCAUCUUUGUUUCUCCUGUCAAUGAUCUUCUCAAUUUCCUCUAGUCUA